AUGGGUGAACAACUGUUUGUUGGUUAUGAUGUCUUCCUGAAUUAUCCUGCUGGUUUGCCUAGCGGUGUGCGUUGCGACAUCCAGGUCAAGGCUACAGACCACGAUACUCUGAGCUAUGUGCGCUACGACAGCAGUAGCCCUGCCUUCGUGUCCUUCAAUACGACGACUUCUGCAAGUUACAAUGGAACAGGCAGUUUCACCAUCACUGCAUACUGUCAAGGUCAACCGGGUGGUCCAUGGCCAACACUGAACCUCGGCUUCAACAAUGUCAGGUUACUAGGCGCUUACAACCCUACUGAUGUUGGCGCCGCUCUGACUUGCGGUUUCAAAGAAGCCCGAGAUGCUAUCCAGUCGGCUACUCUACAACCUUACUGUUCCUCAUUACUGUCGUACAGCACACCAACAACGACCUCGACUCAAGUCAUCAGCACCACAACUACCUCGACCAUUACCGUCAACUAUGGAAGACGCAAGAGAGGUAUGGUCACUGCUGCGCCAGGGACUACGGCCGAGCCUUUGAGACGUCGACAGCUUGAUUCGUCCGCCGCAAAUUCAACUACAACGUCGAGCACCAUGACUGGAGAACCCAGCGUUCUUGCCACAUUCGCGCCCUCGGACGUCACCAACGCAUGUAGUGUUGAGGCCGCACCUGUGUCUACCACAGUUACCGUAGUGACCACAACAACGACAACACUUACAGCAUAUGCAACCGCAACCAAAUCUCCAGAUCUCUUCAUUCUCUCUCAAUCAGGCAACAGAGCCCUGUAUGUCAGCCGCGAUGGCUCUGGUGCUGUUGUCUUCACCAGCGACGCUUCAGCCGCCAUGCCUUUCUUUAUCGACGAUGCUGGAAUGCCUCGUUCGUGGCAGGAUCCUUCUCUGACACUUGUGGACCACUAUGAGCCCAAUUCUGGCACUGCAGACAACCGAAUUUACAUCGAGGCACCUUCCUCAGCAUCGUACACGUUGACCUGCAGAAAUCUAGGGCGGAGUGCUGGAAGCUACUUCGGCGGCUGCCAAAGUAGUGGACCGCCGAAUGGCAAUCCUGUCGUGUAUGGGUUUGGAUGGUGUCCCUCAACGCAAGCAUUGUACAUGAUACCGAAUAGCUCCAACGUCAGAUGUGGAGGUGGAUAUGCAUUCUUGGGCUUCUUCCUCGUUGCUUAUAAUGGGUAA